CGUGGUAAACGCACACUGGUGCGCACCAGUGCGGCCGAUAACCGUGUUCAUUCCACACACUUUUUUUUUUCUUGAGUGUACUUGGGAAAUAUACAGAGGGGCAAGUGAUCACACUGGAUAUGAUCUGCGAUUUCAAAAGAUGGAUUCAAUACUCGGGUUUCGCCUGUGUCGCUGAUUCUCCACUUCUGCGUUAACACUUUAAGCUCUUCUCCCGAGCUGUUUGCGCGUCCUAUAUUUGGGGAGGUGUCGACUGGUGCGUCGAGUCUACAGAUCCCAAAUUGGAUGUUUAUUGCUGACUGUUUUUGAAUCCCUCGUCCAUAUGACUGAGCCAGGGUGCAGCUGGAGACGUGGCUCCCCACUCGGGAAGACCUACGGCUAAAGUUUGAGGGGUGCAGGGGUGCUUUAGUCUGCCCGUUUCCCACCUUGCACUGGAUUUGCAAGAACCCAUAAAUUGCAAUAAUUAGUGGAUUUCCUACCUGUCUCCGCAUACGUGGGAUUCAUUCUUGGAUUUUAUACAGUCUCUGGAUUUCACCCCCAUCUAAAUCAUGAAGACCGUUAUUGAUGGGGGGCGACUCCUUUUCCUGGUGAUGUGGCUGAACCUUGUGCCUCAAACUGACAGCUGCCCUGCCAAGUGUGUGUGCUACAGAGAACCCAGGCCCACUGUGGCUUGCCAACAACAAGGACUGUUUUCCAUCCCUACUGAGAUCCCAGCACGCAGCCAACGAAUAUUUCUCCAGAGCAACAAGCUGACGGUGGUACGGUCCACCAGCUUCAGUUCUUGCCACAACCUCACUGUUCUCUGGCUGUACUCCAACAACAUCAGCUACAUUGAGGCUGGAGCCUUUUAUGGUUUGGAAAAACUGGAGGAGCUAGACAUAGGAGACAACAGUAACCUCCGCACCAUCAGUCCAACAGCCUUUCGAGGCUUAACUAAGCUCCAUACCCUUCACCUGCACAGGUGUGGCCUGUCAGAGCUCCCUGUCGGGGUUUUCCGAGGAAUGUUCUCCCUACAGUACCUUUAUCUGCAGGACAAUAACAUUUUAACCCUGCAUGAUGACACUUUUCUGGACCUUGGCAACCUCACCUAUCUCCACCUGCACAACAACAAGAUCAAGAUAGUGACGGACAACAUGUUCCGAGGGUUAAUCAAUCUGGAUCGGCUGCUGCUACACCAAAACCGGGUUAUUUAUGUCCAACCCAGGGCUUUUAGUGAUCUUGGUAAGCUGAAAUCUUUGUUCUUGUUCUUCAACAAUCUUACUGUCUUGACAGGGGAGACCAUGGACCCACUGGUUUCCCUGCAGUAUUUGCGUUUAAAUGGGAAUCAGUGGAUUUGUGACUGCCGGGCCAGGAGCUUAUGGGACUGGUUCAAACGUUUCAAAGGUUCCAGCUCUGAGUUGGAGUGCAAUGUUCCUGAGUUCCUGGAGGGAAAGGAUCUGAAACGACUGAAAAGCCAAGACUUGGAAGGAUGUGUGGAAACACCUCAAAUCCAGACCAAUCUCUUUAGCUCGAAGGGACAGCCUGGAAAAUUCCUUUCCACCGAAAGCCCUGUGGGGGACACCAUCCCCAGGUGUUGCCUUGGAGAUAAUGACAAGUCCUCUAUCCUGUCUGGAAAGAGUCACCAAAUCACUAACAAUCUCCCUAAGUCAAAGGAGAACAUGUCCAAAACUAAAUACAAGGAUCAGGAAAGAACAAAAAAUGAGACCCAGAACAAGCAGAAUGACGGACCACUGGGAACCUUGUCGAACACCCUGGAAAAGUCUUUGGAAAACCUAAACCCUGACCUUAUAGACAGUCUGGAAUCCUCCACAGCAUCAAACAAAAAGAAAAAGAAGUGUUCCAAAAGGCCUAAAUCGGACACCCACUGCAUCAAAGGUCAGGGCUCUAAUUUGCAAGUGCUGCACUUUCUGUUCAUUCCCGUGACCUGGAUAUCUCUAGCCAUGUCUUAGAACUCUCGAUUUUCCUCUGAACACUGGACUCAAGAAUGUUGAUGCUCAUGACAAUGAUACAGAAGAUGCAGUGGCAUCUCCAGCUGGCAGUGACUAAAAAGAGAGGAGUCACUCUGACCCAACAUUGCUGAGGACAAACAAUAAUGAAGACCUUAGAGUACAUUUAACAAAAUGGAUGCCUUUACAGAACAUUACAGAUGUAAAUAAUGAAUUGGUGCCCAAAAUUGUUUGUUCUCUAUGUACUCAACUGUACUGUGUCUAAGCUACACUUCGGAGACUCCUCCCUUUCCCUCUCAAAAGCUUUUACUGCUUAGACAGACCACUGAAAGACAAAAAAAAAAAGAUGAAAACAUAAAAAAAAAAAUACACUCAUACAAGAAAU